AUGUCCAUUAAGAACGGCGAACAACACGUCGAGAGUGAAGCUGCGGAGACGCCAGAUGACGAAACACGUAUCUACAACGCUGCACUCGACGAGGCCUCAGAGCUGGUCUGGCGGCAUCAGAAUGGAGUUCGCCCUCCUGACAAGGACGCCCCGUAUCGGUACAAGCCUCACCUCAGAAAGAACAGUUAUGCUCAUGCUCGCACCGCAAGCGUCGGCAAACAUGCUGACGGCGCUCAUCCAUCCGGCCUUGCCAGGGACAAGUCCAGGUCGGUUUCUGGCAGCUCUACCGACAGCGAUGGUCACUCUCGGCGAAGUCGGCCCUCCUUGGCUUUGUCGCGGAAUAGCGUGGGGGAGGAGAGCCAGAGUCCCGAGCGGCCUUCGAUGGACUUGGGAACUUCAGGGCCAACCGGUGCCCGACCCCUUCCGAAACCCAGGGGUUCGGGUCAGCGUCGCAGCAGCAUGAAGCGGAACAUCAGCGGCGAAGUUCAAAGACCAUUUUCAGGUGACCAGAUUUGGGAAGAGCCAGAAGCCAAUGCCCGGGAAGACAAGGCCAAGACGAAGUCAGCGUCGGCAGCAGACUUACCUUUGGUGGACAAACCAGAGAACCCCCAAAAUCAAGUCCGAUUUGCUACAAACUCACAGGCGGACCGCGUUGGGCCCUGGAAACCCAGGUGCAAUGUAGAGAUUCAACGGAACCCACCGUCUCAAUCGCGCAACCCACAGUACACCACCAACACGUCGGCUCCGAAGCCUGUGGUGGACGACCAGGUCCCCAAGAAGAACGGCAUAGAGAUACGCAGUGAAGACAUCCGAGGGGCCACAAGUAUGAAGCUGAAGGACCGCAGCGCGAAGUUGCCUACACCCACGGCUGUCAGUGAUCGCCCUGGUCGGCCGAUUGUAAGCUUCGACUCGAAGUGGAAGGCUCCAGACGAGAGAACUGAUGCUAGGCCAGGAGCCGCGAGCCAAAACAACCAGCCGAUGGAGAUUCCUUCUAUCGUGGUGGCGCCGGAGGAGCCUCCGUCGGACAGAGCACGCAGCAACCCGAUCGUUCCGGUCAUAAAUAUUGACGGGGCGGAUGAGUCAACUGGUUCUAGUCCCGGUAUACCCUUCAUAGUCACCCCCGACGACGAUGAAUCUUCGAAUCCGAAGCCGCGGCCCUUACCUGACCCCAAGACAGCGUCCAAGGGCCACCCUUUCCGGCGCCCGCAACGUCACUGGUCGCCAGCCCCUGGCGCGAGCAAACAUUCAACCGCUUUGUGUCACGAAUGCGCAUUCCCCAUUGAAGGUAGAUUCGUCGCUCUGGGCGGAUCUUCAGAGCGCUUCCAUCCCCAGUGCUUCAGUUGCUUUGCUUGUGGCACUGGUCUCGAAGCCUUGGAAAUCAGUCCAGAGCCAGAGGCUCACCGCCAAGAGCGCCUCGACAGAAUCCAACGUCGCGCCCAUGGCGAGGUGUUGGAAGAGACGCCAGGCAAGACCAUGGCCGAAGACGGCGAUGAGCGCUUACGUUUCUUCUGUCACCUUGACUGGCACGAACUUUAUGCACCGAGAUGCAAACACUGCAAGACACCCAUUCUCGGGGAGCACGUUGUCGCCCUGGGAGAACAUUGGCACUACGGACACUUCUUUUGCGCGGAAUGCGGCGAUCCAUUCGAGAAGGGCAUGACUCAUAUUGAAAAGGACGGGGCGCCCAAGUGCAAGAAGUGCAAGACUGCUGUCAUCGGACAGUACAUUCGAGCGCUAGGCGGUGAGUGGCAUGAUGAGUGUUUCCGCUGCGCUUCCUGCCAGGGCGGUUUCGACGAUGGCCAAAUCUUCCCCAAAGAGGUUGGUGACAGGGUGAUGGUGCUAUGCACAGGAUGCCGCAUGAUAGAACUCAAGGCAUAA